AUGGGGGUGCUGUCAAGUAAUUUGAAACCCAGUUUUCUGGGUUUAUUAAAAUUUUUAAACAACAUGAACUGGUUUAUUGUGUUUUUCAGUUUAAUUAAUAUUUCAGUUUGUAUUUACGAAGAUCAAAUCGGAAAAUUCGACUGGCGUCAAACUUAUGUGGGCAGAAUAAAAUUUGCUCAGUUUGACACUGUUUCCACCGCUAAAAAAAUAAUUGUCGCCACAGAGGAGAACGUAUUGGCUGCCCUAAAUUUGAAGACGGGUCAAGUAGUUUGGCGUCAUGUAUUUGAAACUGCAUCAACCGGUAAUAUCCAGUUAUUGCAUGUCGGAGAGAAGGUCACCACAGUUACUGGAUCAAAUCCUUAUCUGGUCAGGGGUUGGGAUUCUAACACAGGGGUUCUCAUCUGGGAGUGGUCAUUGACAGUUCAGAAUGAUUUAACGGAAUAUUCACAAUGGUGGGUGCAGAACAAUAUGCUUGUUCAUGUUUUGCCAGUAUUUGGUUCUCACAUUGAAGUCACCAUGUAUAAUCUGCUGACUGGUAGCAAUCGUGGUGCUUCAUCUAUGCUCCCUGCUGUCUGGACCAAUGAGAGAUGUAUUCUCACAGCACCCCACUACACAUGUAUAUCUGGACCGUUGGAGAGCCAACUCCUUCUAUCCAUAGAUGUCACAUCUAAUGCCGUAAAGAUUAUAAGCAAGCCCCUUACAGAUUAUGUUGAUAUCCAACAAACCGUCAGUGUGAAUUUGAGGCCUCUUGGCGGUAACAGUAUUACUCCAGGUUUUGUUAUAGGCAAUGAUAAAAUUGUAUUUAUAAGAGAUAAUAAUUUUGAAAAGUCAAAAGUUCAGUUGGGUGACAAGUCUGCUAGUGCAACUGUUGUUGAUGGUGCUAAUGGACAUAUUCUAGUACAAACUUGGAUGGAUGAUGUAACAGGUUUCACUCUCACAGCUCACAGUGUAUCCACUGGCAAGGAAGUGACAGAUAUUUAUUGUUCAGACAAAACAUUAAAUAUACCUAAGCCUGAACUUCUAGCAGUAAUGUGCACUCGCACUUCGAGAGAACAGAAUGCCUGCCGUCUGCUCAUCAAUGCAGCCGAUGAUGCAGUACAUCUCAUGCAGCAAGGAGGGCGGGCGCUGUGGGCGCGCGAGGAGGCGCUGUCGCGCGCGCGCGCCGUGGAGUUCGUGGAGCUGCCCGUGUCCGACACCGACGCCGCGCUCGAGAGCGAGUUCGACCAGAAAGAAGCUGCCAAGGUGUAUAGUUCAGUUUGGUCCGCAUUUGCACGUCGGCUGCUCACUCAGUACCAACAGCUGCAGAACUUGAUACGCAGCCUGCAGGGAGAGAGCGCCGUACAGAAGACGCCGUCGUCCCUCGUCAGAGAUUACUUCAACCUCCACAGGAUUAUUGUCAUCGUAACCGAUGCUGGAAAGAUAUUCGGCAUAGACAACCUGUCCGGCGAGAUCCUGUGGCGCCGCUACGAGGCGGGGCUGAGUGCGCAGUCGGCGAGCGUGUUCACGCGGCGCUCGGCGCGCACGCCGCCGCACCACGCCCACCUCAGCGUCGUCGCCACGCAGCGGGAUACAGGAAACGGCUUCAUCCUCAGUCUUAACCCUAUCACAGGCGAAUUAAUCGAUGAAGGAAAGCUGAUAUUGAAUGUACGUCUACUGCAGUGCAUGAUGCUGCAUGUACCUGACUCGGAGAAGUUGCACGCACUUGUGCUAUUAGAUGAAAAAGAAAAUGUGUUGGUACUUCCAUCAUCUGCGGCGCCGCUAGUGGAGGACGUGUACAUGUAUGUCGCCGAAAAAGAUACGGCAAAGGUGCAAGGAUAUUCUUUAAGAUUUGAUGGAAAAGGCGUGCGCGCGCAGCGCACGUGGGCGGCGCGGCUGGGCGGCGCGGGCGCGGCGCGCGUGGCGGCCACGGCGACGCGCUCGCGCCUCGAGCACGUGCGCGCGCCCGGCCGCGCGCUGGCCGACCGCAGCGUGCUCUACAAGUACUCCAACCCCAACCUCGUGCUCUUCGUCGUCGAGCGACUCGACCCGCUCUAUAAAGAGGAGGUGGUGGCGGUGGCGCUGGACGUGGUGUCGGGCGCGCUGGCGGGCGCGGCGGCGCACCGGCGGGCGCGCGCGCUGCCGCUCGCCGCGCACGCCGACAACUGCUUCGUGUACCUCUACCGCAGCGAGAAGCAUCGUCGCCUAGAAUUAGCCACAAUGGAAUUAUACGAGGGUAAGGAGCGAUGGUUGGAGCCGGGCGUCCCCUUCAGUUCGCUCGAGUCCAAUCAGGUUCCGAUAGUGGAACAUCAAGCCUUCAUCCUUCCCGCUACGCCCACCGCCGCCGCCUUCACGAUCACCGAGCGCUCGCUUACCGACCGAAAUGUGCUCCUGGGCCUGUCUUCGGGUGCGGUAGUGGAGCUUCCGUGGGCGUACCUGGAGGCGCGUCGCGACGAGUCGCUGCCGGUAGCCGCGCCCGAGCUGCCUCUGCCGGCGGACGCCACGCUUAACUACAACCGCACGCUGCUGCGCGUCAACGCGCUGCACGCCGCGCCCGCGGGGCUGGAGUCCACCAGCCUCGUGCUCGUCACCGGUCUGGACUUGUUCUACACUCGGGUGGCGCCGUCGAAGACCUUCGAUCUCCUCAAGGAUGACUUCGACUACUACCUGAUCACGAUAGUGCUGUCGGCGCUCAUUGUAGCCACGUACAGUACCAAGUAUUUCGCGUCCCGCAAGAUGCUCAAGCAGGCAUGGAAGUGAUGAUUGUGUUUCUAUUGCUAAUGCAAACGAGUUUGAACUAUAUACCUCGGUGUUAAGGUGGAAACCUUGGUGUUGUGAUGUGGUGAAGUGGUUAAGAUGAAGGGGUGUGUACAACGGUGUAAGUAUUAUAUUUAAUGAUAUACUGACUAUGUAAGCAAUAAAUUAAAAGACAAAUAUCAUAAAUAUAAAGGGAAGGAAGGGAAUGUUAAGUAUAAUAUUUUAUACAAUAUAUUUUUUUGUUGUAUCUACCAUAUAAUGGUGAAUGUUUGUUUUAUCGUAACAAUUUUUUUCACUCGUGUGUUUGGAAAGACUAAUAUAACUGUCAUAAAUAUGAUAUGAGCCUCAUAGUGGAAUAAUAACUGCUUAUAGUAGUUACAUAUUGUAAUAAAUAAUAAUAAGCAUUUUUAUAAAUAAUUCAAAUUUCCUCAUUCUUCCAUAAAAUACAGUGUAAAUAAUUAUGUAAAAUAAACAUUGUUAUAGUAGACCAAUUUCAGCUAAAUUUUCCUUCUUUCCUUCUUCUAAGCUAUCUCUGUGACUUACAUUAUAUGCACUGCCGGAAAUUAAAUCUUACUAUAGCUAAGGACAAUUCUUUCAAAAAACUAAGUAAUUGUUGUUAUAUAAACUUUAUCCUAAGCUAUAUAGUUCAAACUCGUGUUUUAAUAUGGACUUAUAGGAAAUUUAUAUGAAUAUAUAAAUAUUAAAUAGAUUUGUGAUUGUGCAUAGUGUGUUGUAAGCGGACAGAUAAUGUUCUACAUUCUUUAUACAGAUGUAGUUAUCAGGAAUAAUAUUUUUCAGGUUUCUUCGUACAAGUACCUAAUUUUCUCAUACUGUGAAAUAUAUAUAUAUUACUACAUUACACAUAAUUAAUGACUAUUAAACACAUUAUUUUCAUUCUGGAUAACUUGAUAGCUCAAUUAUAUGUCCAUAAUUAAUAUCAACUAUAGUAUAUAUAAAAAAUACGGUAUACAUUUUAAUUCCAAUUAUAUUAGAAGCAUUUUAAAACAAUUUAAAAGACUGCAAUUUAUUUAAAGUUUUAUUAAUUAGAAAUUUGUGAACAAAGUAUGAGCUAUCAAUGUUGAAUAUUUAUUUUAUUGUUAAGUAUAUUUCUUACGAAAUAAGUUCUUAUAUAAAAUGAAACAGAUAAUAAACUGAUGUAAUUAAGGUUAAAUAUGAUUAGCUAGUGCAAUUUAGGAAUAUUAUUUAUUACAAUGGUGGUUUGUAUAUUCUAUUUAUAUUGAAAAUAACCAUUCCAAGCGAGGAACAUCAAAUAUUAAUUAAUACUUAAAUAAAAACAUUUGAAAUAAAAUAUUUACCAAUAAUUUAUAAAUGUAUUGAAAGUUAUUUUUACUAUAAAAUAAUGACCCAUCGGUGACAUUUUGAGGUUUGGAAGUUUCCAAAACAUUCUCGAUUCUUUGAACAGAUUAAUUAUUCUAUUUACUAGAAACCUACAAAAACUAUGAGCAUUUGUUGGAUUUGAUAAAGUGUAAAAUAACCAAAUAACCCAUUUGUUAAAAGAAUUACAAUUUCUAAAGUCACUAUAUUACACUUGUCCCAAUGGCACGAGAAGUGAAGAUAGAUGAACAACUUUGUCCUAGAAUUGCAACGACAUCUUUGGUCUAGAUCUUAAAUAAUACAUUGCCUAUUCCAAUGUCAGAAGGGAUAAAGAUAAACAAACCAUAUAUCUACGUUUUACAAGCGAUUUGCGAAUAGCUCAACAAUAUUGUACACUACUAACAGUUCUUGAUUAAUAUAUGUUUAUUUAUAAUACAACACUAUGCUCCUUACCUCCUUAUUUAUAUUUUACUGUAAUUUACUUCCAAAGUUCGUAUAACAGCUUAGACGACAUACAAAACGCCUAUUUUUUCAAUAAUUCAUAAUGAAUCCUCAAAUAUUUUUCAAGUAAUAAUAUGUACCGCGUUAAUUCAAUGUCUAAUGUUGUUCAUUUGUUUUUUGUCGGAGUUGGAAUAGGCUAUAGGGUAUUAUUAUGGACGCAUCAAUAAAUAGCAUUUUAAAUAGUCGCAAAGUUAAUUAAACUGGAAAUAAAGUUAUGGAUUAUGAAUUACAAUUAAUAGAUGUUUGGAGAGUACAAUAAAUCUAUUAUAAUCAACCACAUACAAUAUGUAAACCUAGGGUUUGUUUAUCAUUGCUUGUCACGCAAUUGUUUAUUUAUAGUCAUUAAUAUGAAAAUAAAAAUGCAGUCAAUGUUAUCUGCCGCCAACUUAUUUUAACAUCUGAUCAUUUUACAUAAAUGAAGAUUAUGUAUCUUCUCACUGAGUUCUUUAUAUAAUAGCAUGAAUGUCGAGUUGCCUGAAUUGUCUGUUUAUAUAAGAUUUUUAUUUAAAUUACUCUAUAGGUUUUUUCAGACCAUUAACCAAUUGGCUUGAAAUAGGAAUAUUUAUUUCAAGGAUUCAUCGGAUAAAAAUCAUUCGAUUAAUAAAACCGUUACAGUCAAAACAUUUCACUGUUCAAAAUUAUUUUUGACUGGCAAUAAGGUUGGUUAUAAGUACUUUUCAUUAAUGCAUUCAGAAAGUUUAGUUUCACUUGUGUAAGCUGGUAAUUUAGGAUAUGAGUAUUACAUGAUAAUGUAUUGAGUAUACACUAACGAAUUUUCUCGGUCAAGAGUGGUUUUGAUCAGUAUUGUUCUGACUGAAACAUAAUGAAGGGCUCAAUUCUGUCUCAAUUAUCUGUUAAUUCAUCACAUUUUGAGUAGCUUGGAAAUAAAAACAUGAUAAUGCCAAAUACGUUAGGUGAUGAAAGGAUUAUGAAGUAAGUUGUUCCUAAUCGAAGAAUAUAAUUAUUACGUAUUAGUUGUGGCCGAUUUUGACAUCCGCUAAUGGAAUUACAUUGUGGCCAUUUAAUCCUACAGAAAAAACAACAAUCUAAAAUUAGUAAUACAAAUCGGCAAAGGAACUCUAAAGUAAUCAAUCGUAAUUACUUAUAUAAUAAUCGAAUACCUGUUUUAGGAAUAAAUAAAUGUUUCGAUAAUAUCCAUUAUUUGUAAUCGAUUAAUGGCCCAUCUCUAGUAUGUUUUACUUUAUACAAGAGUAGAUGAAAUUGUUUGUAAAUACAAAUAAUGUUAACUUAUUUUUUGAAGUCGACACUGUAUGUGUUGUCUCAAUGCUUUUGUUUCUUGCAUCAUGUUCACGUGAAUAAGAGUCCCGUCUUAACUUCGAGCAUUUUAAACGUACCUAUAAAUUCAUGAAGUGUUAUUUUUAAAUAUAAGUAAAGAUUACAUUUUCUUACGUUAUUAAAAAAAAAUAGAACAGUUUUUCGUGUAUUUUAAUUGUAUUAAGCCACGUUACUAUGAAUAUUGGAAAAAUAAAAAGUUAAUUUUGACAUAACUUUUUUAUUGUUUGUUAUACAAUAUUCAAACACUAUACUAACUUUUAGAACAAUUACUUAAAGAUAGAAUAUCUACAUCGAUAGAUUGAUUCUUAGUCUGUGUAACUUGUAACUAUGUAUUAUGAAUCAUUUGUGAGUUUAAUUUAGACAACAUUAAUACGUAGUGUUAUAAAAUACAACAAAAAAGUAUUACUAAAAUUAUAAAAUCAAGAAAGCUAGUUGCCAAACUUCCCAAAAAAUAUUGAAAUCGAAGAAUAAAAAAAAUCAAUCUACUAGUAUUGUUGAAUAAACAGCUUCAAACGGCAUACCCAAAUAGAGAAAAUGCUACAUUAUGUUUAUUUAUACACUGAAUAUCAAUUAAACUAUUUUAAUCAGUAAAUAAAUAGAAGUCAUUUAAUAGGAUAGGUUUUGGGAUAAAUGGGUAAUUUUGUUUUGAUUGAAGAUCUUGUUUUUAUAUCGAAUAAAAGUUGAAAUACAUACUGCCAA